GUGCGAGUGCGUGUGAGCGCGGCCCCCGCGGGUCCGCACGGAGCAGCGCCCGGACCAUGGUAGCCCUCCGCUGAGUUUCCGGCGGUGACUUCGAUUAUUGGCAAAUAAUCACAAUAACCAUACCGAGCCCCGGGCUUGCCACCGUCGGGCACAGACUCCGCGAGCCCGCACACGGCCGCGUCGUCCACCACCGGGCCCUGAUUGCCAACCCCAAACGAGCCGAUGGAAAAAUCCAAAAAUUUCCGCAUCGACGCCCUGCUGGCGGUGGACCCCCCGCGAGCCGCCUCCGCGCAGAGCGCGCCGCUGGCCUUGGUCACCUCACUCUCGGCCGCCGCAGCUGGACCCGGCGGGGGCGGCGGCGGCGGCGGCGGGGCGAGUAGCGGGGCAAGCGGCAGCUGCAGCCCCGCAUCCUCCGAGCCCACCGCGGCACCUGCCGACCGCCUGCGCGCGGAAAGCCCGUCUCCUCCGCGCCUGCUGGCAGCGCACUGCGCGCUGCUGCCCAAACCCGGCUUCCUGGGCGCGGGCGGCGGCGGCGGCGGCGCGGGCGGCGGGCCGGCGGGGCCCCACCACCACGCUCAUCCGGGCGCCGCCGCCGCCGCCGCCGCCGCCGCAGCCGCCGCUGCUGCGGGGGGUCUGGCGCUGGGGCUGCACCCGGGGGGCGCGCAGGGAGGCUCAGGCCUCCCGGCGCAGGCGGCGCUCUAUGGCCACCCAGUCUACGGUUACUCCGCGGCUGCGGCGGCUGCCGCGCUGGCCGGCCAGCACCCGGCGCUCUCCUACUCGUACCCGCAGGUGCAGGGCGCGCACCCCGCGCACCCCGCCGACCCUAUCAAGCUGGGCGCCGGCACCUUCCAGCUGGACCAGUGGCUGCGCGCGUCCACCGCGGGCAUGAUCCUGCCCAAGAUGCCGGACUUCAACUCCCAGGCGCAGUCGAACCUCCUGGGGAAGUGCCGCCGGCCGCGCACGGCCUUCACCAGCCAGCAGCUGCUGGAGCUGGAGCACCAGUUCAAGCUCAACAAGUACCUGUCCCGGCCCAAGCGCUUCGAGGUGGCCACCUCGCUCAUGCUCACCGAGACCCAGGUGAAGAUCUGGUUCCAGAACCGGCGCAUGAAAUGGAAACGCAGCAAAAAGGCCAAGGAGCAGGCAGCGCAGGAGGCCGAGAAGCAGAAGGGCGGCAGCGGGGGCACCUGCAAAGGCGGCGCGGAGGAGAAGGGCGAGGAGGAGUUGCUGGGGCCGCCAGCGUCUGGGGACAAGGCCAGCGGCCGCCGCCUGAGGGACUUAAGGGACAGUGACCCCGAAGACGACGAGGACGAGGACGACGAGGACCAUUUCCCCUACAGCAACGGCGCCAGCGCCCACACCGCCUCCUCCGACUGCUCCUCCGAGGACGACUCGCCGCCCCCGCGGCCGGGUGGGCCGGGGCACCAGCCCCCACCCCAGUAGGAGUGCCGGUGGCCGA